UCGAGCCGUGCGCGCGGCUGACCAGCGGGCGGUUGCUCGAGCGCCUUUUCAAACGGUGUGAGGGGCGGUGGAUUCCGGAGCCCGCGGUGGUGGUGCUGCCGCUGCUGCUGUUGUUGUUGCUGCUACUGUGGGGUGGAGAGGGGAAGAGCAAAGGAAGCCUCUCUUUCUUAGUUGUCGGUAUUUGCCCCCCCCUCCCCCCGCUUGUGUGGCGGGCGGCGUUUCUGUGCGGUAGUGGUGGAUCAUGAGUUCGUUGUGCGAGCAGCUCCGGGCGUGAACUCGUGCCCCGGGUGUGGACCGGAAUUUCUCGGUCGCCUCGUGGCUCCUUUGUUUUGUCUGCCAAACUUUUUUUCUCUCUCUCUGAAGAGAUCAGAUUUUAUAGGAAAAAGAAUCGAAAGUGCCAGGAGGUUUGGGCAGGGAGAGUGAGUUGUUCGCCAGUACACGGAGAUCGAGUUGUCUGUAUCCGUGACCUCAUCAUAGCUUCCGAAGGAGGGAAACCUUCCUAGGCUUUUGUAUUUAAAGUUUGUGUAACUGAGCAUAAGUUUAAACCUCAAGGAAAGAGGAUAACAUGUGAGUUUUAAAGCGUUCCCCCCCACUCCGCCCUGUGUCUAGUGUUGGUCUUGAGGUGCCAGGUGACUUAGAUGGGUAAUGGUGGUGCUGUCAAGGUGUACUUUGCUUUGGUUUUUGUCAUCCUAAGUAAUUGUAGAAGUGAGCAAGUUUAUUUCUUUUUGCUUAUAACCGGAUGAUGCUUUCUUCUGAGGCCACACCAGAGGCGCUCCAUUCCCCAUUUCAUGGUUCCCGGUCCUCGGAGCCACCCCCAACCACUUGUAGCUCUGAGUGCCCCUUUACAGAGUCGGGAUUGAACUUCAACUCUGAUCUUGGCCUCGUGGACCUGAGCGAGGUUGAAUACACCCAGCUACAACACAUGCUAUAUUCACACAUGGAGUCCCAGUCGGGGGAAGGUGAGCUGGAGAGUCGGCUGAAUCCUACUUUAUAUCAGUCCUCCAACCCCACCAACCAGGUUGCAUGUUCAACAGCCAACUCCGUUAACCAGGUUCCUUACUCCACAACCAGCUCUGCCAAUCAGAAUGUGUACCCCACCACCAGUACUAUGAACACCAGCUCAGAUUCUCACUAUGUGGGUAACAACCAAUAUUUAGGGCACAUUGAUUUCCAAGAGUUAAAAAUGAUGCUUUUGAAUGAUCCUCCACUACCUAUUAACAUGACUAAUAAUUUGCAACAUAUGGAGAAAUUCUCCCAAAAUUCUUCUACAGAAACCACCCGACCUAAUGGACUAACGCUGAAAAAUAGAGACACAAUGGGUAAUUCAGACAAGAAGAUUUCUGGGGGCAGUUCAGUAGCAGGACAAGAAUCGAGAUCUAAAACUGGACCUAGAGUUCGUCUUGAAGAUAGAUUUAAUGCAGUCCAAAACGAAAGCACAGAACGGCAGGAGCUGCAGGAUUCUGGAAUUACUUUUAACAAUUUGGUUGCUUUGAUCCGGCAUCCUUCAGAGUUGAUGGGGAUACCUCUCCACCCACAGCAAAACAAAUGUACUACUUUAGUCAAAAGCAAGACUGGGACUUCUGCUCUGCAAUUUGCAUACCCUUUAUACACACCAAGUACGUGUACGCCAACUGGCAGUACUAGCUGUAGUCAAACUCAGGGCACAGGAAACCAAGCCAAUGUGCUAGAAGCUGCCACCCCACAGGAGCUUGCCCUGCCAAGAGCAUUUUCUUUAUGUCUUCAGCAGGAACUCCAAUCAGCUAGGCAGGCACUGAGUAACUGCAACAGAAACAAGUCUUUACCUGAUCAAGUUUGGAUUAAAGUGGAAGAUGAAACUCUUCGUAAACAGAUAGUGAAUAAACGCUGCCGUAGUCGCACACGGCAAGUCAGUAUAGAAACAGAGCACAAAGUUCUAAGUGACCUGACUAACGUGACAGAGAAUCAAAAUAUAAACAUUGCCUCAGGUGGACAGUGGCACACUACACAUCCAGUCACUCCUUGCUCAGCCCAUGGGAACCAACAGGAACUGAACUGCCAGCGUAGAGAGAGACACAACAGAAUGGAGAGAGAUCGCAGGCGCAGGAUCCGUAUAUGUUGCGAUGAGCUGAAUUAUCUUGUUCCCUUCUGCAAUUCUGAAACUGAUAAAGCUACAACAUUACAAUGGACUACUGCGUUUGUCAAGUAUAUUCAAGAAAAACAUGGUGAUUCAGUGAAAAAGGAAUUUGAGAGUGUUUUCUGUGGGAAAACUGGCAGGCGACUGAAACAACCACGAGUAGAAGCACCAGUAGGUCACACUGGAGCUCCCAGUGUACACAAUCAUGGUGUGCAGGAAGGUAAAUGAACUCCAGUAUGAGUGAACUUACAGCUCCAAGAGAGGCACAACGUUAGAGAUAUUUUCCUGAUUCACUAUACCAACAAUAAGCAUCAGGAAGUGGAAAAGAAUAUCCAAACAGCAAUAAACCUAUUGUCAUCCCUGAAGACUGCUUAGGUGGUAUUACCACUGGCAAUGUUCAGAACUCUAAACUUUCACAGUUAAAUCAAAGAUGGUGGUAGGAAAUUUGAGUCCACCAUGAUUUGUACCAUAUAACUGUAUUUACUAAAUCCCCGGAAGUCCAGGUUUUUACUUACCUGUCCAUCAUCUGUAAUUUGUAUUUUAUUUCUCAUUCAACUUUUUUUGUUGAAGAGAAGGAACAUUCCAUUGAGCAGACUGACAGACAAAUGCCAUUCUUUGAAAGUUUUGUCCAGUCAUGGUGAGUAAUUUGUCAUCAGUGAUACUUAAGCUGGAUGAGUUAAAGGCCCAAAUGCUCAUCUUAGCUAUCAGGCCUCCCAUAUAAGAUUUCCAAAAUAUUUAAAUGUGUAUUAUAAGUAAUAUGUGUUUUAAUAAAAUCAGGGUAGAUUCAUACUUUCCCCAUCUGUCUUUGAUUUUAAAUUCAAUGGACUUAGUGCAUUAGUGUUGACCAGUCACAGCACUGCUAUGGUGUCUGAACAUUGUAUGAAUUGAUUUUUAUUAGCCAGAAACUGUUGUCAACAGCAACUUUAACACACCGGACAGUUCUACACCCAAAUGCUGCUAAUAAGUGAAAAUGCAAUUAAAGAGACAUCAUCCAUUUAAUUAUAAAUGAUCAAACAUCCACAACUACAAAAACUAGCCAAGCUUGGAGAAAGAGUGCAUAAAUGUACAACUUCUCACAUACUACAAUGUCUUUUUUUUUAAAUCCUAGUAUGAACAGCUUGGGAAAAGUCAAACUCAUUUUCACAAGACUGAAGCACUUUAAUAAAGCACACUAAUAGUGUUGUUAAGCUUCAUGUCAUCCAGUGUGUUGCAAAAAGCUGUUGCUGUCCACUUACUGGAAACUGCUAUUACUAUAUAAGCUUUAAAAAUGUUUGCAAUAUAUUUAGAGUGCAAAAUAUUUAUAAUCUUUAACAAUACAAAAUGAUUCUUCAUAAAAAGUUUUAUUAAUUAAAUAAUCUGUUAGGUUUUACUUCAAUGACUUGUUAAUUGUUGAUGAUGCUAUUAAUCUUUAAAAUAAAGGAUGACAAAUACUUAAUAGAUUUGUUUCAUAAUUAGUAAACCAUAUAUUGAUCUAUAUCAUUUAAUUACAUUUAAUAUUUAUUUAAGUUACACUGGAUAGCUUUUAGCUAAUAUGUUCAAAAUAAAUAUAAAUAGUAAUCCUUGAAAGGUUUUUUUUGUCAAUUUGAGCAGUAACAAUGCUGAUAGUAUUAAUGAAAGAUGUUUCA